CUAACUAUCUACAAUUUGCCUCCUUGGUUAUGCAUGAAGUCUAGAUACAUUAUGUUGUCCCUUCUAAUAUCUGGGCCUAAACAACCUGGAAAUGACAUUGAUGUGUAUCUAGCGCCUCUCAUUGAAGAUUUGAAAUUGUUGUGGAAUGAAGGUGUCCAAAUGUUUGAUGCAUAUAGUAAAACCAAUUUCACUUUACGUGCCAUGAUUUUUUGUACGAUAAAUGACUUCCCAGCUUAUGGGAAUUUGUCGGGGUACACUGUGAAGGGAAGAACUCCUUGCCCCAUUUGUGAAGAUGAUCCAUUUGCAAACAUACAGGAACCGGUUCCUUGUCGGCUAUCAUUGUUGAAAAAUGACUCUGAGAAAGUCAUUGUAGCUGAAGGUACAUAUCAUCCGGAGUUAAUCCUUGAUCAUCAUAGUAACCUCAUUCCGGAUCACGUGAGGGUGAGUGUUGAUGAUUUUUUUGACGAGUUCAAAGAAUUCUCGGUUCCAGUUCCUUCUUCAGUCAUCAAGAAACUUAAGCAUGCUCACAGUACAUUUACCCAAUGGCCGAAAGACUUGGUUUCACUCAUGCAUGACAAGGAAUUCAUAUCAAAUAAGAACAAUGGUAACAACAAAGCGGCCAAAGAAAACAUGCAAGACAAACUGAAAGUAGUUGAAAGUGGUCGCGAAACAAAAGAGUCCAACACCAAUCCAAAAAAAGUUUUUCUUAUGGAUUAUGCUUUGGAAAACUUGUCUCAGAAGUGUGGGUCUUUGAAUAGUUUGUUAUCUUCAUUACCCGAAGGUGAAACUAUUAAGGUUAAGGCUGAUGCUUGGACCUUUAGUUAUGAAGACAAUAAGGACAUCAUUAUUAAACGUGAAGAUGUCAAUCAACUUCUCAUAGGAGCUUGGCUGAAUAUUUCAGUUUUGCAAGUGUUUAUGAUGGCCUUGAGUGACUUACUCGAUACGGAGGAAGUGGCUUCCAUUGGAUUCAUGUGUCCGGAAAUGAUUUCAGAAACCUAUUUGCAUAGUGAUGCUGAUCGUAUCCUACUAUACAUGACACAUGUGAUGGAAAAACAAAAAUCUAAGCAAUUCAUCUUAUGCCCAUACCAUGAAAAGAAUCAUUGGGUUCUUUUAGUCUUAUGCAUGGCUAAGCGUGAAGUCAUCAUCUUUGAUUCUUUGAGGCAGAAGCGAAAUUUAGCAAUUAAGUUUGCAAUGACAAAUGCUUUUCGAAGUUUUAAGGCAUUAAGUGGAAAAUCUAGGGGAAGUAAAUUGACAUGGCAUUUGGGACAGUGUCCUCAACAAUUGGGUGGACGUGAGUGUGGCUACUACGUCAUGCGUUAUAUGUACGAAAUACUUAACAUCACCAUAGCAGUGAAGAUCUUAUUCAGGUAUGAGUUGUCAAAUAUUUCAUUUUUGUUUGAUAAAUACAAUUUGAUGUUAGCUACAAUCUUGAAUUAAAACUUUCCUCUUGUAUAUUUGUUGUGUUGAUAGAAUUUUUCAAGAACUACACCUUACACCGAGGAGGAGAUAAAUGAGAUCCGAGAUAUUUGGGCAGAGUAUUUUAUAUGUAAUGUUGAACUUUAGAUUUACCACUUAGCGCAUGUUUGACUCUUGUUUUGGAUUAUAGGCUUGAAAUGAAGUAAUUUGGUUAAUUGGUGUUGGGAUGAUGAGUAUAAUGUCUAUGAUAUUGAGAUGUAAAUUAUUGGACAGGUUGUUAAUAUAAUGCCGUCAUUCCCAAUUUUAUGGGUAGGCCAAAUGACAAAGGAGACUCUGCCAAAAUUUACAUUUGCAUUAUUCAAUAAUAUUGCAUUUUAAUUUCAA